CGUUUGGUCACGGAGCAAGGCGUGCUCAUCUCAGAUUCAGUCUUAAGCAAGGAGUUGUCCGAUCACCGUGCUCUGAUCGCCCAAGGCUUGUUGGCCUUUCCCCCGCCCACUUCGAGCUCUCGGGCCGCUUUUCUGCAGAAAUGGGGCGGCAAACUGGAGAAAUCCGGCAAACUGACGCAGUUCCUGGUCCAUUUGUCGGAAUUGAUCCAAGUUGAGGAGAAAGAGACCAAGAAUUUACUCUACACCUACUUAGCCGGUGAGUUUCGGGGUACGAAGGCCUCGUUGAAGAAGCUCAUCGACGAUGAACGCUACCAGGGUCCCUUGAUGAACGACAUUUGGCAAUUCUACCGUGCCGAGCGACUCUAUCUCUUGCAGGUCAUCAAAGAGAUCCUCUGUCACUCCUCCAAUCCGGGUCAUCCCCACCAAGAGCAGUUCCAAAAGGAAGUCGAUCACUGGUUGGAAGACGACAAGUUCAUGAAGAAUCUUCAAGCUCAACUCAAAUCUGUCAUCCAUGAGUCCGUGCCCUCGAUUCAAACCCGAGGCAAAUACUUCAAUGCCACCAACCUCCAAUCUUGGGUUCAUUUCUCCCUCCGAGAGCAAGCCGAAUUGGUUGAAAUUAUCUUACUGCUGGCCACCCGAUAUGACCAGGUCCAACAAACGCAAGCCAGAAAAGAGUUGUUCUGUAAGCUCUACCAAUUGUUCCUCGAACACGGAUUCGGAAGCAAGCAGAACUUUUCCCACCUAAUCAACGACGUUUCCGAAGACUUGGUGCAAGCCAUUGGGCAAUUGGAGGCCCUGAUCAUGGUUUAUCUCAUCGAUUUGCCCAGUCUCACCGACCACGAAGGCGAUACUCAAUCCACUCAAUGGCAAGUGAGUGAUUUCACCGAAGUCGAGAAACUGAUCACCAGUUUAGGAGGCUCACCCUGUCAUGGACCCAUCAUGAUUGGGUGGAUGUUAGCUCGUUUUCUCGUUGAUGGCGAAUCGAGUCUGGCCAAAUAUCAAUAUCUCGGUUCACGGGCCGUCCAACUGCGGGUGGUUCAUCAACUAGAGCGAAUCCUGAAGAACCCCGUGAUUGUGUCCAAUACGACAAUGAGAGGUAUCGCAAAUGGGGUUUGCUACUCGAUUGUGUCCGCUUUAGUGUCAGCCUUUGAGCCGGCCAGGAUGGGCCUCUCCACAGAUAUCCACUCGUUGGCCUUAGUAUUGCUCAAGAACGAGGCUGUAGCCUUGGAUUUUUGGCGUCAAGGCUCUGAGUUAGGACUAGGUACUCAUUUCACUCAGUUGGCAUCGAGUUUUCCCGCCAGUCUCAAACCGUUCUGCGACUUGGCCGAGAAGAUCGCCGGCGCUAGUGAGAAAAGUUCCGAGUACGUCCUGGAUUACUUGGAAAAUAUGCAGCAGUUCUGUGAACCCGUUGAAUCUGUAUCUUCUCAACACAUCAAGGCUCGAGACACGGAGACGUGGGUCUCUUUGAUGCAUCGAUUUCCUUGUGGUGAAGACGUUGAUGUGAAAAUUCCGGCGGGCACCAUCGGUAUUCUAGAUGGGUCCACGUUCAAAUGGCGGGGUCAAUACAACGCGUGGAACUAUUUAUUCGCGGAAGUGGAUCGCUUGAUCAAGCAAAUUUCCUCGGGGAUGAGUAAGAUCCAUUCCGAGACCCUUUCCAACGUGACCAUCAUCACCAAGCUCAUUCGAACCAUCGUCAAGGCCAGUCCCAAAGUGUGGUCUCAGAUUGGUCUCCGAGCCGAGAAAUCGUUGAUUUGUCUUACAGAGAAAGUGGUUCAAAUCAACAAUCCACCCUUAGAAUUACUCACGUAUUGCAUGGAAACAUUUGCCUUCUUGUGCCAGAGGAAUCCUGUUCGAAUCUGGCAGAAAUUGGAGGAGUUCUCCGUGUUUCCGCAUCAACUCAAAUCAGGUCUAGGCGAAUCUCAGAGUGUGGAGGAUAUUAACUCGGGAGUGAUUGGGCAUCUCUUGGCUCAACAAGAGUGCGUCAAUGGAGAGUUUCCCCUGACUUUGGCCUAUUUGGAACUUCUGGCCGUGUGUCUUCAGAGUCCAGAGAUCAAUGCCACGCCCUCGUUGGUGUUUGUGGCUCAAGAUCUGAUCCCGUCGUUCUCAAAUUGGCGCUUCUCAGAACCAGGGGAUCGAGAGAUCUUCGGUCAAAAGCUCUUGUGUUUGACCAAGAUGGUUCUUGAAUCAGAUUCGCCACAUUUGAAAGAGCUCAAUGGCCUCGUGUGUGCGUUGCUCCUCAAGCCCGCCCCGCUUGAGACCAUGUUGAACUUGAUACAAACCGGGGAUCGCAUGGUGCAGAGCUUAAUCGAAGCUCAAUCCUCCUGGGAAGCCGGAGCGGGCGUUGAACUGUCCGCUCUCAUCGACUUAGCCAUGUUGGCUUUCAAUGCCUUAUUGAUCAAGGCCCCGGAUCGAGCUCUCCAAGAUCUUUCGGCUCAUUUGUGCGCUCCGGCUUUGGGCAAUCGUCUUCACUUCAGUCUCACUCUGGCUCACUACAUUUAUCAUUUGCAAAGCUGUGACAUCCCGAUUUCGGCCAUGAAGCUGCUCGGAACGAUUGCGCGGACAUUCCCCAUGUCUCUUUUGGCUUGCUUCGGAAAUGAUGCGGAUGCCGUGAAGGAGAUUCUCAUCUAUCGGUUGGAAUCACAAACGGAGGACAUCAAGUUAAAGAUUUCCAUUUUGGAUCUGUUCUCAGAUUGCGUCGAGACUCAACCCGGAUUCAUCCAGCAUCUGAUCGGUCAAGGCCAAGACAACGAGACGGGUUGUUUGACUUUGGUGGUGGACCUCUUGAAGCGGAUGCGACAAACAGAAAUGAAGUCCAAGCAAGACCUGCAUAUCGCCGUGAUCACGUUCAUCUUUCGAUUGUGGAACCAGCAAAUGCUCUCUGCCGUUGAGCACUUGAAAAAGCAACCCUCUUUUUGGGAUGACCUCACCUGGAUCCUGUUCGAAACGGAUCAGAGUGGCGACAAUAGCAAUGCCAAGAUCAAUGCCACCAUCUUCCGCGUGAUCUCCGCCGAAAUUUUCGCCUUCGGCGCUAAGGUCGAUGAUGGAUUAAAGGCGGUCCUGGAGAAAUUGGUGGCCAAAAACUCCAAUGUCUUGGAACAAUGGUGCGAUUGUGUCUUGGACGGAUUGCCCGCCCUGAAUCAUCAAGAGAUGAUCGUGAACGAUACGUUCAUGCCCUCAUCUGCAACGUCACCCAGCGCCAACAAUUCCGCCACCAUGGAUUUGUUAGGGGCUUGGAAGACCUUUUUGAUCGUAUUCUCCAAUGACCAACCUGUCACACUCACCCCAAGUCAAUGCCACUUGAUCGCUUCCAAGUUCAUCCAAGCCAUCCGAGCUCAACUAGACCACAACGAGUUGAACUUGCGGAUUAUUACAUCUUUGAGUGAGGUCUGUCUAGUUUUGAUGCAAAAGUGGCAGACCAAAUGCGCUGAUAACAUGGAAGCAUGGAUGGCCAAGCAUGCCGCAUUACUGGAACACAUGUCUGGCAAAUUUGAUCAAUUGCACCCUCGCUCACAAUCGGCAGUUUUGGCCAUCGCCAGUACGGCUUUGAAGACGAGCUCGUUUAAAUUGGAGCGAGGCGAGAAAAGUCUUCUAUCUUGGUUGGAACCAACCGCCUCAAUCACGCUUAAAAGUUUACAAAUGUUCGAGUUGAAUCAGUCCAAGAAAGGAUUGGAGCCCCACAAGGAACUCGCUCAUGUCCCCGUGUUGGCUGUGAGUCUUUUGCGCAACCUUAUCCAUCGGUUGGACGAUCCCAGCCUUUGGUUCGAUCUCUUCCAUAAGCAAGUCAUCCUUCAAGCGCUUCUGAGUCAAGUCCACCACUGUCUGCAUCGCCAACGAGAUACCAAUGUGAUCUUGGCUCUCUUGGGACUGCUCUCGGUGAUGGCCAAAUCCGAGCAAGGCUGUCAAGCCUUGCUGUCCUCCGAUCUGGCUCAAAUGAUAUGGUUGCCUUUGUCGGAGGUGAAACAGGCCAAUAACGAGUGGGUCCCAGUGUUUCAGAUCAGUCUCCAAUUCCUGGUGACCCUCAUCCGGGUGGGUGAGCAUCGUGCAGUCGAGAACGGCGUGACUGUGGUCACUUUGCUGCAGGAACAACUCAGCACGUUUCUGAUGGCCCCGAAUCUCUCGAUUCAGGAGGAACAUAUCGAAUUGACCGUCACUGCUACAUCCGUGAUUAGCUUGCUCAUGAAUCACUACAAGCAGUGGCAUCUCUUACACUCACCGUCACUCGUCCACUUCUACCAAAGCGUUUGCUCUUUGCUGCAUACAAGCAUUUGCCUCCUGAUUCGACCCUCGCUCUUGGGCAUGCUCAUUCACCGUCACAAUCACGGGAUCAAUGCCUCCACCCAAGACGAUGAAGAUCUGCGGCGCGUCCGAAGAAUCUCCUCCACGGAUCAAGACAUCGAGCCACCUUCCAACCACCAAACUGUGGCCAUUCAAAAUCUCCUGUUGGAGUGCAUUUGUGGCGGUCUUACCAUGCUUCGAGCCCUGUGUCCGGAUUUGGUAGCUCUUCUCUCGGACAAUGUCGAGGAUUACGGGGAAUGGGAACAGCUUUUGGGCAUUGGAUUCUCGUCGCCUACUUUCGAGCAGAACGACGGACUCACUUUCGGGACGUUGAUCUCUAUUUCUAAUCUUUGCAUCCGCAACAUUACCAGAGUCGAUCGAUCUCCCUCGCCUUCGCGAGGAUCUCCGUCAAGUACAGGAGAAUCGCAAUUGGACCGAAAACGAGUGAUCAUCAUAUUGGAACAAUCCAUGUCGGUGAUGGUGUCCCAAGCCUUAUUGUUCUUAUCCGAUCCUCGUCAUUCAAGUCGGGAUCAGCAACUAGUUCGGCGUGAACUGGGAGCUGAAUUGGGAUCAUUCACGGAAAGUAUUCGACGCUAUGUUCAUAGAGGCGCCAAAUCGCCUCAAAGUGGAGACAAAAGUCCCGGGGGAAAAACUUCGGGUGGCGGAGAUGGUCAUCUACGUUUGUCCAAAUCGGACGAGGAUUUCAUGAAGUUCAUCGCCACCAUUGUCAAUACCGUUUUUAAGUAACUGCCCGAAUACCGCCAUCUACUUCCCCUCCCCCCAGUAAUAAACACAAGGUUCAAAUGAU